CUCUGUAUACAGACAAGGUGCAGGAUUCAUUCCAAAGAACAGGUGGAAGUCAAGAGAAGAAUCUACGAAGGAACCACCAAGAUGCUUGCUCCAAUGUUGCUUGUGCUUCUAUCCACCCUUGUGGGAUCAAUUUGGACAAAUGAGAGUGAAAGCAGUCACUCAAUCCUGGAUGUAAAGCCGACAGAGAAACGGUACUCAGAGGCUAUUUUAGCCAGUGACUACAGUAAAUAUGUUGACACCAUGAUGUCCAAAAACUUUGUUGAUUGGUUGAUCGCAGCCAAACGGACCAGUAGAAAUGGCGAAUCUCCUGAAGGUGUGAAGAGGGAUAUAAAUGUGGAGCCCACCACACCUCGCUCUCCCAACUCAGAGCUUCAGUCAGCUAAAAACUUCCAGGUCUGGCUCUUAAAACACCAAGGAAAGAGAAGUUGUACUCGAUCUGUGGAUCCCGUUUUUUCCUUCCUGAGAGAUCAACUUAUUCAGGAGUUGCUGGACAGAAUUCAUAUCGCCACUGAGGUCAUAAACCAAAGGCAAGCUGCUCAAAUGUCUCUCCUGAAACGGGAGGCAUAA